AUGGGGUCAGAUGGGGAAAAAGCCUUUGACCAAGUAAAUAGAAACAAGCUAUGGAAGAUCCUUGAGCAGUACGAGAUCAAGGGACAACUGCAAGACACUAUCAAGGCUAUCCAUGCCAACAGCAGAAGCGCGGUCUGCAUUACCAGUGGAACGUCGGACUGGUUUCCAGUAACAGCCGGAGUCAGGCAGGGCUGCAGUCUUUCCCCUCUGCUCUUCGUGAUCUACAUAGACCAGAUUACUAAGGAGGCCAAUCCAGACCCAGAGGCACUGAACGAAGUCAUGUUUGCAAACGACUUUGCAAUGAUGAAUAACAGGACUCAACUGCAGGAGCAUAUGAACCAACUAAAUGCCCCAAAACCAACCAGCUCUGGGGGCAUAUAG